CUUCCCUCUUUCCCCCCCUCCCUUCGUCAUUCGAACAGGGCCAUGAUUUGAGAUUGCUCCUUUGUCGGGCAACCUUUUUCCUGCCACUCCCCCUCCCCCUCGACCCUUCACCAUGUCGUCCAUGCCUUUACCCAUCGCGGUCGACCCGGUCGCGCUGGUGAUUACGGAAUGCAUCACCGUCACCUCGGCCAUGCGCAAGCAUGCUCGCUGGGCUCAUUCGUCUGUCUCUGCCAUCCUGGGCGGAGGCGCUGUUUCCCGGGUCUACGACCGUGACACGUCCGCCCCCCCAAGCCCCCGCAAUGGGGCUACGCCUCCCCGUCCGAGGUCGAGAAUGUCGUCCGCCGAUGAGGACCAUGCCCUGGCGAACCGAUGGGGCCUGCGAGGAAAGAAGGGCAAGAGUAUGCAAGACAACCCUCUGAUAUCUGCCUUUGCCAGGCUACGGAGCGACCUGAAAGGUUGCAGAGAUAUCCGAACCUUCGACGCUCCCGCUUUGCUUCACCCGUUUCUCCAAGUUAUCCGCUCCUCGUCGACCUCCGCUGCCAUUACCUCUCUUGCCUUGGUUGCCCUGACCAAGUUCUUCGCCUACAAUAUCAUCAGCCGCGAUUCUCUAAGGCUCCCCAUGGCCAUGCAACUCCUCUCCGCCGCCAUCACCCAUUGUCGGUUCGAAGCCAGCGACUCCGCCGCCGACGAGAUCGUUCUGUUGCGAAUCUUGAAAUUGAUGGAAGGGAUGCUGUCUCGCCCAGAGGGCGAGCUUCUCGGCGACGAGAGUGUUUGCGAGAUGAUGGAAACCGGUCUGAGCAUGUGUUGCCAGGUCCGUCUCUCGGAGGUGUUGCGGCGGUCCGCUGAAAUGGCCAUGGUCAACAUGUGUCAGGUUAUCUUCAUGCGUCUGUCGCAUUUGGAGAUCUCCGAGUCCGACGAACUAGUAUCACAGCUUCCGAUGCGCUCAGUGAGCGAGCAAACUAAUCUGAAGAUGGACCCUUCAGUAGACGGAGAUACGGUGACUUCGCAACAUCCUUCCGCCAUGGGCUCAGACACAGGUGUGACUGAACGAGAGCGUGGCAGUCGAGACGGGUCUCCUGAUCAGACGCUUAAUGGAAAUGCCGUCGCCGCCCCGCCAAAUCCACAGGACGAUACCGGCGACGAAGUGAAGCCAUACUCCUUGCCGUCCAUCCGUGAACUGUUCCGCGUACUCAUAGACCUUCUGGACCCGCACAACCACCAACAUACGGAGCCGAUGAAGGUAAUGGCAUUGAGGAUCAUUGAUGUCGCCCUUGAGGUCGCGGGUCCUUCCAUUGCUAAACACCCCAGUCUGGCAACCUUGGCGCAAGACGACCUUUGCCGGCACCUCUUUCAGCUGGUGCGGUCCGAGAAUAUUGCAAUUCUAACUGGCUCCCUUCGGGUAGCCGGGACAUUGUUGUUGACUUGUCGCCCUGUCCUGAAGUUGCAGCAGGAGCUCUAUUUGUCAUAUUUGGUCGCCUGUCUCCACCCGAAGGUAGAAAUUCCGAAGGAGCCAGGGAUCAAUCCGGCCCUAUACGACGGCGUACCGCAGGUGCCCAAGUUGGUGAAGCCUUCCCCGUCGCAAACCAACAGUGGAAGGUCCACGCCGGUUCCGGUGAAGGAUAGGCAAAAGCUGGGCUUAGAAGGAGGCUCCAGAAAGCCGGAGACCCGGGAAGCCAUGGUAGAAAGUAUUGGCGUACUGGCGCGCAUCCCGAGUUUUAUGGUGGAGCUUUUCAUCAACUAUGACUGCGAUGUUGAUCGAGCGGACUUAUGCGAGGAUAUGAUAGGCUUGCUCUCACGCAGUGCUUUCCCGGAUUCGGCUACGUGGAGCACAACCAAUGUGCCACCGCUGUGUUUGGACGCUCUUCUUGGUUACGUCCAGUUCAUCCAUGAUAGGCUUGAUGAUGAGCCGGUGUCUGAUGGUUUCCCUUCAAUCGACCAGCUCAGGGGCCAGCGCAGGACGAAGAAGCUUAUCAUCCACGCCGCCCAAAAGUUCAACGAAGACCCCAAAGCUGGGAUCGCUUAUCUUGCAUCACACGGUAUUAUUGAGAACCCAGAUGACCCUGCCCUUGUUGCUCGGUUCCUAAAGGGGACAACUCGGUUGUCAAAGAAAGUCCUGGGUGAAUACCUGUCGAAGCGUUCGAAUGAACAGCUUCUCGAUGCAUUCGUUGAACUUUUCGACUUUGCUGGCAAGACCAUUGUCGACGCUUUGCGCGAUCUCCUGGGUGCUUUUCGCCUGCCUGGCGAAUCUCCCCUUAUCGAAAGAAUUGUUACGACGUUCACCGAGAAAUAUAUGCAAAAGGCUCAGCCUACCCAGGUUGCGGAUAAAGAUGCUCUGUUCGUACUAACAUAUGGUAUCAUCAUGCUCAACACGGAACUUUACAACCCGAAUAUCAAAUCCCAGAACCGCAUGUCAUGUACGGCUUUCGCUAGGAACCUUCGAGGUGUGAAUUCGGGUCAGGAUUUCGCCCCGGAAUUUUUGGAAGAGAUCUAUGAUUCAAUCAAACACAAUGAGAUCAUCUUGCCGGAUGAGCAUGACAAUCAACACGCAUUCGACUUUGCGUGGCGGGAGUUGCUGCUGAAAUCUUCUUCUGCCGGAGAGCUGGUGAUUGGUGAAACCAACAUCUACGAUGCGGAGAUGUUCGCGGCUACCUGGAAACCCGUUGUUUCGACUCUGUCCUAUGUCUUCAUGUCUGCUUCUGACGACGCAGUAUAUUCCCGAGUAGUCACGGGUUUCGACCAAUGUGCCCAAAUCGCUGCCCGUUACGGGUUGACGGAUGCCUUUGACCGCAUUGUCUUCAGUCUUUCAUCUAUUAGUACGCUUGCUACCGAGAAGCCUCCCAGCACGACUCUCAACACGGAAGUGCAGGCUGGCCAGAAGAGCGUCAUGGUGAGCGAGCUUGCGGUAAAAUUCGGCCGUGAUUUCAGGGCCCAACUGGCCGCGGUGGUUCUCUUCCGUAUUCUGGCUGGCAACGAAGCUGCAGUCCAGCAGAGCUGGUCGCAUAUCGUUCGAAUCCUUAGCAACCUGUUCAUCAACUCUCUUAUUCCCGCGCUUGGUUCUAGCUUGAAUGCCGAGCUUGAUAUUUCCCCCAUCCCGUUGCAGACCCCUUCGCAGAUUGUGGAUCGCGAUGGACGAAGCACAGAAACCGGACUUUUGUCUGCGUUCACUUCGUAUCUCUCCAGCUACGCUGCCGAUGAGCCUCCAGAGCCGUCAGAUGAGGAGCUGGAGAAUACCCUGUGCACUGUGGACUGUAUCACAGCUUGUUCUACGGGCGACAUCCUGGCCAAUAUCAAAUCGCUUCCACUGGAGUCGGUGGCGAUGGUUGUGGAGGCGCUAUUGGCUCAGAUGCCCGAGGAAAGUGCACCGGCAGUCAUUGUCGUGAAAUCCGAAAGACUGUCGGCUGGCUCAAGAGCGUCCAACGGCAGGCCCGAUGGCAGUAGAUCUAAUUACGAUCCCGGAAUGAUGUACCUCUUGGAGAUGGCGACUAUUCUCACCCUUCGUGACUUGAAGACCCUGGAGACUCUCGGUGAGAGACUCUUGACCACUCUGCAAGCCUUCAUUCGGGAUGCAAGAAACGUUCACUCUUUGGCAUUGUCACGGAUCAUCCAUUAUCUGCUCAACUUGCUGCGGCUGAGCCAUGAUCAACCUUAUAUGCGGGUUCCUGUGAUCCUGCAUGGCAUCUCAGGUUUCGACCAGGACAUCCUGGAAAGUGUCGCGGUUACAGUAGUUAACAGCCUGUCGCGGUGCAUUUCAGGGCCCGGGCUUUUGCGGAAUGAGGUCACUGUAUCUCCUGACUUCUGGUCCAUCCUGCAGAGACUGCUCCAACACAAGGAAGCAGCUCCGCUGGUGUUUGAUUUGCUUCAAACGAUUGUGGAGUCGGAUCCUCCUAUCAUAACGGCCGAUAAUUAUGAAUCUGCAGUUGGUCUCGCAAACGAAUUCAUCAGUGCCGGUAGCGUGGGCUAUAUCGAAGAACGACAGAGGGAUGCGCAAGGGCGGCGCGUUAAAGGUGCCAAGCCUUCGAAAUCAAGUGAAAAUGAGGUGGUUGCACGUGGCGUGAAGGCCAUUGGUUUCGCGCUUCACUUGACACGGCGUGUCCCUACUUUGAUCAGGCAGUCGCAUCUCGAAGAAAGCGAAGCUUGGUCUGCCUACUGGUCUCCUAUCUUCCAGUCCUUGACCGCGCAAUGCAUUAAUCCAUGCCGAGAUAUCCGCCACCAUGCAGUCUCAGCGCUACAACGUACUCUCCUUUCUCUGGAGAUCAGCUCCACGGAAGACCAGGAAUGGACCGCCAUCUUCGACCAGGUCCUUUUCCCCCUUAUACAACGGCUACUAAAGCCGGAGGUUUACCACUCGGACCCUGUGGGGAUGGGCGAGACCCGAGUGCAGGUCGCUAUCUUGGUCUGCAAGAUCUUCCUGCGCUAUCUCGAUCAGCUUCCGAACAGAGACAGCAUGCUCGAUUUGUGGCUCAAAAUCCUGGAUAUUCUUGACAGGAUGAUGAACAGUGGCCAAGGAGACAGCCUGGAAGAGGCCAUCCCCGAAAGUCUCAAGAACAUCCUCCUCGUCAUGGCGGACGGAGGCUACCUUGUCCUGCCCUCUCAAGAUCCCAGUAAGGAGCCGGUCUGGACGGAAACUAAAAAACGCAUGGAAAGAUUCCUGCCCGACCUGUUCAAGGAGAUCUUCCCCAAUGUUUCGGAUGAGAAAUCCGCACCGGUCUCAGCAGCUCCAUCCCCGGCUCCGUCCACUCCCGCCGAACCUAAAGAUCCAAGCAGCGCGGAGGAGCCGACUGCAACGCCUACAGCUCCUACAGAAGCCGGAGCUGACGGGGCUACUGAGGAGAAUGGUCCCUGAGUGCGACAGGGACGUUGUAAUGAACGAAAUCAUCUGCUUUUUAUGUACCUCGGGCAUUUUAUAGCGUGGGUUGUCCGUUGUUUGCUUUUGGGCUUGAAGCCGUGUGUUAAAUACCUGUACCUGUAAAUAUAUAAUCGAAGGGAACGCGAUGAAGAAGAAGAAGAAGAAGAAGAAGAAGAAGAAGAAGGAGGACCGGUUCAGGGUCCAACCAAC